GGGCCGCCCUCAACGUGCUACUAAAUAACUCUUUACACCUUGUUAGGUUAAAAUAUUUAUCCGCCAAGAGUUCUGAAGGGUAAAUUCAGCUAUAGACUGAUAUGCGGACGGCAUCCGGGGAUAUUUUGGGGCAGAAGAUACCGAAGAGACAAAGAGGGAGAACUUUGAAGCCAUGAAUCCGUGGUGAAGUCGCUCCGGAGCGGGGAGACGCAGCCUGGGCCUCGGCUAGCUAGCUAGCUAGCUAGUUAGCAUUAGCCGCUAACUAGCUAAUGACUUCACCUAGCUACCGUUAGCCGCCGAGAAGGAACCGUUAAACACCAGAAAAGGGGGAAAAGUGUGAAAAAAAACCCGGCUGCCUGUUGAAUGUGUGGCGGGAAAAGCCACAUUAUAAACAAAUAUGGCUGUUUCAAGACUUGAUCGUUUGUUUAUCCUGCUCGACACCGGAACAACUCCAGUAACCAGGAAAGCAGCCGCACAGCAGCUUGGAGAAGUGGUGAAACUCCACCCACAUGAGCUCAAUAAUCUCCUAUCUAAGGUCCUGACCUACCUAAGGAGUCCCAACUGGGACACUCGUAUCGCAGCGGGCCAAGCUGUGGAGGCCAUCGUGAAGAAUAUUCCUGAGUGGGACCCCUUACCCAAGCCUAAAGAAGAGUCUUGUGAGGACUUGUCUCCAGAGGACUCCUCUUGUGACCGCUUGACUUUCUACCACUUCGACAUCUCCCGCCUCCUCAAACACGGAGCGUCUCUGCUGGGAUCUGCCGGGGCCGAGUUUGAGCUGCAGGAUGACAAAACUGGUGAGAUGGACCCUAAGGAACGCCUGGUGCGCCAGAGGAAGCUCCUUCAGAAGAAGCUGGGUCUGGACAUGGGCGCUGCUAUCGGCAUGGACACGGAGGAGCUGUUCAACGAUGAAGAUCUGGACUAUAGCUGCCAGACCAGCGGGCUGAAAGCCCACGGGAGCAAAACCACCGCUGGAUCCAGCUCCCGCAACCACGUGCCCCUUCAGGCUGCCGAGCUGAUCGACUCAGAGUUCCGGCCCGGUAUGAGCAGCCGUCAGAAGAAUAAAGCCAAGAGGAUGGCCAAACUGGUGGCCAAACAGAGAUCCAGAGACCUCGACCCAAACGAAAAGAGUAACGACAGUUUUGAGGGAGAACCUGAAGAGAAACGAAGGAAAACCACCAACGUAGUUAUUGAUCAACCGGCCACAGAGCAUAAAGUCUUAAUCGACAACGUUCCAGAUAACUCGGGUCUGUUAGAGGAGAUCCACGAGUGGCCUCUGGAGAGCUUCUGUGAGGAGCUCUGCAACGACCUCUUCAAUCCUUCAUGGGAGAUUCGUCACGGUGCAGGCACAGGUCUUAGAGAAAUCCUCAAGUCCCAUGGAGCAGGAGGAGGGAAGCUGGUGGGGAGUACUGCAGAACAGAUGUUGCGGCAGCAUCAGGAGUGGAUCGAGGACCUGGUCAUCCGGCUGCUCUGUGUCUUCGCUCUGGACCGAUUUGGAGAUUUUGUAUCUGAUGAGGUGGUGGCUCCGGUCAGGGAGACGUGUGCCCAGACGCUGGGCGUGGCGCUCCGCUACAUGAAUGAAACGGGCGUUUCCAUGACGGUGGAUGUGCUGCUGAAGCUGCUGAAGGAAGACCAGUGGGAGGUCCGUCAUGGAGGCCUCCUCGGCAUCAAGUACGCCCUGGCCGUCCGACAGGACCUGAUCUCCGUGCUGCUGCCGCGGGUGCUUCCUGCCAUCACCGUGGGCCUGCAGGACCUGGAUGAUGAUGUCAGAGCGGUAGCGGCUGCAGCCCUCAUCCCCGUGGUGGACGGCUUGGUGCAGCUACUGCCCACUAAGGUUCCCUACAUCGUAAACACACUCUGGGACGCUCUUCUGGACCUGGAUGACCUCACUGCUUCCACCAACAGCAUCAUGACUCUGCUGUCCUCACUGCUCACGUACCCACAAGUCCGCCAGAGCAGCAUGCAGCAGUCAUUAACAGUCCUGGUCCCGAGGGUCUGGCCGUUCCUGAGACACACGAUAUCAUCAGUGAGACGAGCAGCGCUGGAAACUCUGUUCACUCUGCUGUCUAAAGCAGACGAGAGCUGUGCGAUGUGGAUCAACCCCAUCCUGCAGGAUAUGCUGCGGCACAUCUUCCAGUCCUGCAUCCUGGAGAGCAACGAGGAAAUCCUGGAACUGAUUCAAAAGGUGUGGAUGGAGCUGCUGUCUCAGGCCCCUCAGCAGUACGUGGUGGCAGCCAGCUGUCCCUGGAUGGGAGCCUGGCUCUGCCUCAUGAUGCAGGCCUCCCACAUCCCCAUAGACCUCAACAUGCUGCUGGAGGUCAAGGCCCGCUGCAAGCAGGAUAAGGCCGGUGCGAAGGCUCGCCUCGGGACCAACCAGGUGAAGGAAACGGUUCAGGAGUACAUCGCUGGCGCUGAGACGGUGACGGACGACUCGGUGACCAGAGACUACGUGGUGGUUCGUUCUCGCCUCCUGGCUGCCAGGUUGCUGGGGGCUCUGUGUCGGAGUAUCUGUGACCCUCAGCUCAACGCUGCGUCUCAGGAGAUCCGCCCAGCCGAGUCUCUGGGUCAGCUGCUGCUCUUCCACCUCAACUCCAAGUCCGCCCUGCAGCGCAUCGCCGUGGCGCUGGUGCUCUGUGAGUGGGCCGCGCUGCAGAAGGACUGUCAGGUGGUGUCGUCCAUGGUGCAGCCUCGUCUGCUGGCCAUCCUGUCGGAGCAGCUGUACUACGAUGAGAUCGCCAUCCCGUUCACCCGCAUGCAGAACGAGUGCAAGCAGCUGAUCGCUCUGCUGGCUGAAGCUAACAUCGACCUGCAGGAACGCCUCAACUGCAGCGUUUUCACCAUCGACCAGGCCAACGAGCUGGUAACCACCAUCUUCUCUGAGUGCUCGGCGGGCCAGAACAUGAAGUCCAGCCAGUGGCAGGCGCUGGACAGCAAGCGGCAGCAGGCCGUCGCCACGGUGACGGAGACCAACGCCGAGUGGCAGCAGCUGCACCUGCGCGUCCACAUGGUGACCGCCUGCGCAGUCAUCAACCUGCAGGCGCUGCCGGAGAAGCUCAACCCGCUGGUCCGCCCGCUGAUGGAGACCGUCAAGAGGGAGGAGAACACGCUGAUUCAGGGCUACGCCGCUUCCUUCAUCGCUAAGCUGCUGCAGCAGUGUGCCGGGCGCUCGCCGUGCCCCAACCCCAAAAUCAUCAAGAACCUCUGCGCCUCCGCCUGCGUCGACUCCGCCGUCACGCCGUCCUCCGCCUGCCCCGUGCCGCCCGCACACGAACACGCCAAAGGAAGUGUCUUGGAGAAAGAUUGCAUCCAACACAUGGUGAACAAAACCCGAGGCAUCAUCACUCUGUACCGCCACCAAAGGGCAGCGUUCGCCAUCACCAGUAAGAGGGGCCCGGCCCCCAAAGCCCCAAAGACCCCCAGCACCGAGCUUCCUCCAGGCAGCACCAUCAGCACCGACAACGACGAGAGCAAGAAGCCGUUUCUCAUCCAGAGAAGAGGAGCAGAGUUCUCCCUGACAACCGUUGCUAGGCACUUCGGAGCAGACUUCACCAAGUCUUUGCCGUAUUUAUGGGACAACACAGUGGGACCUCUGAGGACCGUGGUGACGGAAAAUCAGUGCAUUGAUAGGCAGGUCCAGCUGGAGAGAGGGGACGCUGCAGCUCAGGAUCUGGUCAACUCCCUUCAGGUGCUGGAAGUCAUGGCUGGAGCCAUGGCUGCUGAACUCAAACCCCUGUUACUGGAGCACAUCCCCCACCUGUUCACCUGCCUGCAGCACCCGUACACGGCGGUGCGCCACAUGGCAGCGCGCUGCGUGGGCGUGCUCAGUAAGAUCGCCAUGCUGGAGACCAUGAACAGCUUCCUGGAGCGCGUCCUGCCCUGGCUGGCUGCUAUCGACGACUGCACCAAGCAGGAGGGAGCCAUCGAGGCUCUGGCCUGUGUGAUGGAGCAGCUGGAUGUGGACAUCGUGCCGUACAUCGUGCUGCUGGUGGUGCCGGUGCUCGGCCGUAUGAGCGACCCCAGCGACAGCAUCCGCUUCAUGGCCACGCAGUGCUUCGCUACGCUCAUCCGCCUGCUGCCGCUCGAGGCGGGUAUCCCCGACCCUCCAGCGAUGUCGGCUGACCUGAUCCGCCAGAAGGCCCGAGAACGCCACUUCCUGGAGCAGCUGCUAGACGGCAGGAAACUGGAGAACUACAAGAUCCCCGUGCCCAUUAAGGCCGAGCUCCGAAAGUACCAGCAGGACGGAGUGAACUGGCUCUCCUUCCUCAACAAAUACAAGCUGCACGGGAUCCUGUGUGACGACAUGGGCCUCGGCAAGACGCUGCAGUCCAUCUGCAUCCUGGCAGGAGAUCACUACCUCAGGACUCAGGAAUACUCCAGGACGAAGGCGGCCGACAGCAGCCCGCUGCCCUCUCUGGUGGUGUGUCCUCCCACUCUGACGGGCCACUGGGUGGAUGAAGUGAACAAGUUCUGCAGCAAAGAGUUCCUCCACCCGCUGCACUACACCGGGCCGCCCACCGAACGCAUGAGGUUGCAGCAUCAAGUGAAAAAACACAAUCUGAUAGUCGCCUCCUACGAUGUCGUACGGAACGACAUCGACUUUUUUAGAAAUAUCAAAUUUAAUUACUGUAUCCUCGACGAGGGUCACGUCAUCAAGAACGGGAAAACCAAACUUUCCAAAGCCAUCAAGCAGUUGGCUGCCAACUUCCGGGUCAUCCUGUCGGGAACGCCGAUCCAGAACAACGUCCUGGAGCUCUGGUCGCUGUUUGACUUCCUGAUGCCGGGCUUCCUGGGAACAGAACGCCAGUUUGCAGCUCGCUACGGUAAACCCAUCCUGGCCAGCCGGGACGCCAAGAGCUCCUCACGGGAACAGGAGGCAGGUGUGCUGGCGAUGGAGGCUCUACACCGACAGGUGCUGCCCUUCCUCCUGAGGAGGAUGAAGGAGGACGUCCUCCAGGACCUUCCUCCAAAAAUAAUCCAGGACUAUUACUGCAACCUGAGUCCUCUACAGGUUCAGUUAUAUGAAGACUUUGCUAAGUCUCGAGCCAAGGCCAGCGUGGAGGACAGCAUCUCCAACAGCUCCACGGAGGAGGAGGAGAAGCCCAAACUGAAGGCCACAGGACACGUCUUCCAGGCGCUGCAGUAUCUGAGGAAGCUGUGCAACCAUCCCAGUCUGGUGUUAACGUCGCAGCAUCCAGAGUACAAACGCAUCACGGAGCAGCUCGCCAGCCAGAACUCCAGCCUGAGGGACCUGCAGCACGCGCCCAAGCUCUCCGCUCUCAAACAGCUGCUGCUGGACUGUGGUCUGGGGGCCGGUGGGGGGUCCGAGGGGGGCCCUGAGGCGGUGGUGGCCCAGCACCGUGUGCUGAUCUUCUGCCAGCUGAAGAGCAUGCUGGACAUCGUGGAGCACGACCUGCUGAAGCCCAAACUGCCCUCCGUCACCUACCUGAGGCUGGACGGCAGCGUGCCGGCCGGCCUGCGCCACUCCAUCGUCUCCAGGUUUAACAACGACCCGUCCAUCGACGUGCUGCUGCUGACCACCCAUGUUGGGGGACUGGGUCUGAACCUGACGGGGGCCGACACCGUGGUGUUUGUGGAGCACGACUGGAACCCCAUGAGGGACCUGCAGGCCAUGGACCGCGCCCACAGGAUAGGACAGAAACGAGUUGUGAACGUGUACCGGCUGAUCACCCGAGGCACGCUGGAGGAGAAGAUCAUGGGGCUGCAGAAGUUCAAGAUGAGCAUCGCCAACACGGUCAUCAGCCAAGACAACGCCAGCCUGCAGAGCAUGGGCACCGACCAGCUGCUCAACCUCUUCUCUCUGGACAAGGGCGAGAAGGGCGAGCAGGCGGCGUCCACCUCAGGGAAAGCCUCCAUGAAGUCGGUGCUGGACGGACUGGGAGAGUUAUGGGACCAGCAGCAGUACGACACAGAGUACAACCUGGACAGCUUCAUGACCUCCCUGCAGUAACACACACACACACACACACACACACACACACACAGCCUCCGUCUGCUGGCCGAGCAGGACCUGGUCACAGCCUGAGGAGCCCCGUUACUGCUGCUGCUGCUGCUGCUGCCCCAAGCCCCGCCCCCUCCACUCCAAGCCCCGCCCUCUCCACCCCCACACCAUCAACAAAUGUCCCAAAGCAAUAACUGAAACACAGCCAGUGCUUCGGUAUCUCCUGAAGUCCUUGUUGAGGGCAAAAAACAUAGGAAAUAACGAUAUGAUGAUGUACCACCUGCAUUGUUUGUUUACAUCUACUACAUGAUGCUGUGACAUCACUGUACACAGUGAUGUCACAGCAUCAUGUGUCAUAAUGAUCUUUUAUAGGAACAGCACCAGGUCCUUUUACAGCCUGCCGCCCUCCUUCCAUGUCGCAUUGCCACCAGAGUAUACAGUGUUAACUGCUUUCAGACGCCAUUACCCCGACGCCACCACUAUCACUUUAUCAUCACAAGGUCUUAAAAGCACUGCAACAUCGGCCACCACCUCCCACUGAUGGAUACAGACAUGACAAAAGGGAAACGGUGGCGAGAGUGAAAGAGGUCGCGGGACGUCGUCACGGCGUGUUUUUUUAGCGGCUGUUGGGUGGCGGCUCUACCAGGAACAAGAUGACUCCCAUUCUCCAGUUUGUGCUCGCAGUGGUUAGUGUCCGGCUCCUUAACGUGGAGUGAUUAGUGUCCGGCUCCUAAACGUGGAGUGAUUAGUGUCCGGCUCCUAAACGUGGUGGAACUAUGAGCUGGGGGAAGCACUGCACUUGAAGCAGCAUUACAGAGACUGAACAUGGGGCCAAGCUGAAACCGGUACCUGAAACUUGUCACCAGUAUUUUAAAAAAAAGAAAUAAUAGACUCUUGUAUAUAUUUCUGUAAUUGCUGCUUUUUGUUUAUGAUUGUGGAAUUGUAAUAAAUUCUACAGACCUUUGAACUA